UUCGUCUCUUUCCCAACACAAACCUCAUCUCACGAAAACCUCCUCCGAAGAUGCAGAAAGGAAAUACCAGCACCCAGAAGAGAUCAUCCACCCACCAAAUUUAUCAAUGAUUCUUUCAUCUUUCCUUCGUUUCUUCCUUCUCUUCUCAUUCAUCUCCACACUCCUCUCAGAUCCUUCUUCUUCUUCUUCGUCGGUAUCCAUAUUUCUAAGCCCCAAAACUCUAUCCAAAUCCGGCGACUCAGUCCGAAUUCAAUGGACCGGCGUCGACUCACCUUCCUCCCUCGACUGGCUCGGUAUCUACUCACCCCCCGAUUCAUCUGACGAUAAUUUCAUCGGCUACGUCUUCUUGUCCUCCUGCAGCAAUUGGGAGUCGGGUUCGUGCUCCAUCGAUCUCCCUCUGGUCAAUCUCCGUUCCAAUUAUGAGUUUCGGAUCUUCCGAUGGACAGAGGACGAGGUCGAUCGCUCACGCCUCGAUCAAGAUCACAACCCUUUGCCCGGAACCAAGUAUCUGUUGGCCAAAUCCGAGGAAUUGGAGUUCGAGACUAGUCGUGGGCCGGAGCAGAUUCAUUUGGCGUUCACAAGCAAGGUUGAUGAAAUGAGGGUCAUGUUUAUUACAGCGGACGGAAAGGAGAACCAUGUGAAGUAUGGGGAAAGAGAAAAUCGGUUGAGUAAGGUGGCGGGGACGGAGGUGAGGACGUAUACGCGGUCAGAUUUGUGCGGUUCCCCUGCCAACGAGAGCAUCGGAUGGAGGGAUCCUGGGUUUAUUCACGAUGGGAUUAUGAAGAAUUUGAAGAGUGGAAAGAGGUAUUAUUACAAGGUUGGAAGUGAUGAAGGAGGAUGGAGUGUAACUCAUAGUUUUAUCUCACGGGAUUGGGAAUCAGACGAGACAGUUGCUUUUUUGUUUGGAGAUAUGGGUACCUCAACACCAUAUUCAACCUUUUACCGUACACAGGAUGAAAGCAAAUCAACCAUGAAUUGGAUCCUUCGCAACAUCAAAGCCAUUGGUGAUAAGCCCACCUUCAUUUCCCACAUUGGUGAUAUCAGCUAUGCAAGAGGUUACUCAUGGCUGUGGGAUACAUUCUUUACUCAGAUUGAACCUGUUGCCUCUCAGGUCCCAUAUCAUGUGUGCAUUGGAAAUCAUGAAUAUAAUUGGCCCUCACAGCCCUGGAGACCUGACUGGGCUCAGUCUAUCUAUGGGACAGAUGGGGGUGGUGAAUGUGGAGUCCCUUACAGCCUUAGAUUCAACAUGCCUGGAGACUCUUCUUUUUCAACUGGGACCCAAGCCCCUGCCACACGGAACCUUUACUACUCAUUUGAUGCAGGGGUUGUACAUUUCACUUACAUGUCAACAGAGACCAAUUUCCUUCCUGGGAGUGACCAAUACAACUUCAUCAAGAGUGACUUGGAGGCUGUUGAUCGGAAGAAGACUCCUUUUGUCAUUGUCCAAGGUCACCGUCCCAUGUACACAACAAGUAAUGAGGUCAGGGAUGCACCAUUAAGAAUGAGAAUGCUUGAACACUUGGAACCUUUGUUUGUGGAGAACAAGGUGACCCUUGCUUUAUGGGGUCACGUCCAUAGGUACGAGAGGUUCUGUCCAAUGAAAAACUUCACCUGUGCAGCCACAGAUGGGAAAGAUACAGAGAGUUUACCGGUGCAUGCAGUGAUUGGAAUGGCUGGACAAGAUUGGCAACCCAUCUGGGAGCCAAGACCCGACCAUGCAAAUGAUCCAAUCUACCCCCAACCUGAUCGGUCUUUGUAUCGAACAGGUCAGUUUGGGUACACUAGGCUUGUUGCUACAAGGGAAAAGCUUAUACUCGCUUUUGUUGGAAACCAUGAUGGGGAGGUGCAUGAUACAGUUGAGAUUUUGGCAACAGGCCAAGUUCUCAAUGGUGGUGGCAGCAGCAGGAAAGAGGUGACAGAGUCUACAUUGUCAUGGUUUGUCAAAGGAGGAAGUAUAUUGGUGCUAGGGGCCUUCCUUGGUUAUGUUAUUGGAUUCGUUUCACAUGCUAGGAAAGAGUCCAUAUUUAAGAGGAGUUGGACUGCUGUCAAGACUGAGGACGGAUGACCCAUCUUGAUCAUUUGAGCAUGUUGGUCAGUGAAUGUCAAAUUGGGACUGAAUCGGUGGGCAUCAAAAUUCAAAUGCUGUAUUGUAUGGAAUAUCAUAGAUUCUCUUAAAAAGCUGUACGAUAUGUACCCUUUGUGAUUAGUUAUUUUAUAUAUAUACAAUGGAAAAGCUGUGGUCACUUUCAUGAAACAUGUAUAUCGUAAAAUGAGGAUCUUAAGAAAUUA